AUGAAGCGUUUUUUGCUGGACAUUGAGCACUUUUCUUUUCUUUUUUUCCUUUUUUCUUUUCUUUUUUUCCUUUUUUCUUUUCUUUUUUUCCCCUUUUUCUUUCCUUUUCUUUUUUCCCUUUUCUCUUUCCUUUUCUUUUUUCCCUUUUCUCUUUCCUUUUCUUUUUUUUCCUUUUCCUUUUCUUUGCCUUUUCUUUUUCCCUUUUCUCUUUCCUUUUCUUUUUUCCCUUUUCUCUUUCCUUUUCUUUUUUCCCUUUUCUCUUUCCUUUUCUUUUUUCCCUUUUCUCUUUCCUUUUCUUUUUUCCCUUUUCUCUUUCCUUUUCUUUUUUCCCUUUUCUCUUUUCUUUUCUCUCUCCUUUUCUCUUUUCUCUCUCCAUUUCUCUUUUCUCUCCAGUGCUUUAUACCUAAGUGUUUGCUUUUUGCCUGUUUUACGCAUCCUUUGCACUCCUAUCCAGACAUUGUGUCUGGAGAGACCAGUGUCCAAUCAUUGGUGGCUGGACGUCACCGGGUAUCCCGGAACUCGUCUCGGACUGAUGGUUCGAGGCAGCCCACCUCCGAUGUCAUUACUGGGCAAGGUGGGCUUUCAGUUUUCCCUCCUUAUCGCGAAGCCAGCACAGCCUCAAACACAACCAGCACGGCUGUUAUUCGCAACGGGUCGCAGUCGACGGCGGCGGCUGCAACCCCAAACUUCCCGCCGAUCAGCCCCCCUUUUGGAGGACUUCAACUGUCUGGAAUCACCUCUGGUAGCGGAGGUCCAACAGUGGGCCAUUCUCCAUCAGCUGGCUCUUCUCCCAACCAGCACAACUUUCCCAAUCAUCAAUCCAGCCGGAGUAUCGACGAAAAUAACGUCAGAUUGCUUGAUGGUGGACGCCCGCCUCCUUUCCCAAUGCAAGGAGGAAGUGACGUGGAUCUUGUAACUUCCAACAGAAAUUCAAGUGAGGAACCGAUGCUGGGAAGGGCACAACCGAUCAGGACACAGGAUUUACACCCUGGAAUCUACAGCCCGGACUCUGCCAAUUCCAACGAAAUCCUUCCAGAUAUUCUGAAUUCACACAUGGUGUCCCGACCGGCGGCCCUUAACCGACCAAACCAGCAUCGUAACCGCAGUGACCGACCAACACGGACAACACGCAGUGGUGACCGGAGCAAUACCCAGCAACAGCGUAGCACUACCAAUCAAUCGUCUUCCCGACAAACCGGACGCCCACGUAGUCGACCAAGUGUGUCACGACACUCGGACCAAAAUUGCAAAGCUCCAUGUCUCAAAUGUUUAACGACGGUCACGUCUUUUAAAUAUGUACUGAUUCUGUUGUCCAUGUUGGGUGUGUGCUGUGUAGUUACAGGGAUUGUACUUGCAGCCCUACAUGCUGUUGGAAGCAGUUUCCUCUUCUUGUCUAUCAUGUUUCUAGGCCACUCCUGCUAUGUGACCACCUCUCAUCUUUUCAGGCCUCUCUCACCAUGUAAACUCUGCCACAUCUUUUCGGGCCUUCCCUGCCAUGUGACCUGCCCAUGUCUUUUCGGGAUUCCCUGCCAUACUCCCACCUUUGUCUUCUGCCCCCUUCUUUUUUCUGUUUCAUCUCACCUUCUUUGGUCUCUCCUCAUUUCCUCUCAUUCUCAAAUUCAUCUUUGCCCCCUGCUCAUUUUCUCAUGCCCACAAUUACCUUUGCCCCUGUUACUGAACUGUCUUACCACCACUAUUGCCUUUGCACCUCCCUCAACUGCCUUCCUACUUAUCUCACCCCCUAUCUUUGCCUCUGUCCUUGAUCUCUCACUCCAUCUUUGCCUCCACUCUUCUAUCUCACUCAGCCCACCUUUGCCUUUCCCUCCACUCUUCUCUCUCAGGCCAUCUUUGUCAUUGCUUCCACUCUUCUAUCUCUCUCUCUCUCUUUCUCAGGCCAUCUUUGUCAUUGCCUCCACUCUUCUAUCUCACUCUCUCUUUCUCAGGCCAUCUUUGUCUUUGCCUCCACUCUUCUAUCUCACUCUCUCUUUCUCAGGCCAUCUUUGUCUUUGCCGCCACUCUUCUAUCUCACUCUCUCUUUCUCAGGCCAUCAUUGUUUUGCCUCCACUCUUCUAUCUCUCUCUCUCUUUCAGGCCAUCUUUGUCUUGCCUCCACUCUUCUAUCUCACUCUCUCUUUCUCAGGCCAUCUUUGUCUUUGCCUCCACACUUCUAUCUCUCUCUCUUUCUCAGGCCAUCUUUGUCUUUGCCUCCACUCUUCUAUAUCUCUCUCUCUCUCAGGCCAUCUUUGUCUUUUUGCCUCCACUCUUCUAUCUCCUCUCUCUUUCUCAGGCCAUCUUUGUCUUUGCCUCCACUCUUCUAUCUCACUCUCUCUUUCUCAGGCCAUCUUUGUCUUUGCCUCCACUCUUCUAUCUCUCUCUCUCUCUCUCUUUCUCAGGCCAUCUUUGUCUUUGCCUCCACUCUUCUAUCUCUCUCUCUCUCUCUCUUUCUCAGGCCAUCUUUGUCUUUGCCUCCACACUUCUAUCUCACUCUCUCUUUCUCAGGCCAUCUUUGUCUUUGCCUCCACUCUUCUAUAUCUCUCUCUCUCUCUCAGGCCAUCUUUGUCUUUGCCUCCACUCUUCUAUCUCACUCUCUCUUUCUCAGGCCAUCUUUGUCUUUGCCUCCACUCUUCUAUCUCAGGCCAUCUUUGUCUUUGCCUCCACUCUUCUAUCUCACUCUCUCUUUCUCAGGCCAUCUUUGUCUUUGCCUCCACUCUUCUAUCUCACUCUCUCUUUCUCAGGCCAUCUUUGUCUUUGCCUCCACUCUUCUAUCUCUCUCUCUCUUUCUCAGGCCAUCUUUGUCUUUGCCUCCACUCUUCUAUCUCAGGCCAUCUUUGUCUUUGCCUCCACUCUUCUAUCUCAGGCCAUCUUUGUCUUUGCCUCCACUCUUCUAUCUCACUCUCUCUUUCUCAGGCCCAUUUUGUCUUUGCCUCCACUCUUCUUUCUCAGGCCAUCUUUUGUCUUUGCCUCCACUCUUCUAUCUCAGGCCAUCUUUGUCUUUUGCCUCCCACUCUUCUAUCUCACUCUCUCUUUCUCAGGCCAUCUUUGUCUUUGCCUCCACUCUUCUAUCUCAGGCCAUCUUUGUCUUUGCCUCCACACUUCUAUCUCACUCUCUCUUUCUCAGGCCAUCUUUUGUCUUUGCCUCCACUCUUCUAUCUCUCUCUCUCUCUCUCUCUCUCUUUUCUCAGGCCAUCUUUGUCUUUGCCUCCACUCUUCUAUCUUAGGCCAUCUUUGUCUUUGCCUCCACUCUUCUAUCUCAGGCCAUCUUUGUCUUUGCCUCCACUCUUCUAUCUCACUCUCUCUUUCUCAGGCCAUCUUUGUCUUUGCCUCCACUCUUCUAUCUCAGGCCAUCUUUGUCUUUGCCUCCACUCUUCUAUCUCAGGCCAUCUUUGUCUUUGCCUCCACUCUUCUAUCUCACUCUCUCUUUCUCAGGCCAUCUUUGUCUUUGCCUCCACUCUUCUAUCUCUCUCUCUCUCUCUCUUUCUCAGGCCAUCAUUGUCUUUGCCUCCACUCUUCUAUCUCACUCUCUCUUUCUCAGGCCAUCUUUGUCUUUGCCGCCACUCUUCUAUCUCACUCUCUCUUUCUCAGGCCAUCUUUGUCUUUGCCUCCACUCUUCUAUCUCACUCUCUCUCUUUCUCAGGCCAUGUUUGUCUUUGCCUCCACUCUUCUAUCUCACUCUCUCUUUCUCAGGCCAUCUUUGUCUUUGCCUCCACUCUUCUAUCUCACUCUCUCUUUCUCAGGCCAUCUUUGUCUUUGCCUCCACUCUUCUAUCUCACUCUCUCUUUCUCAGGCCAUCUUUGUCUUUGCCUCCACUCUUCUCUCUCUCUCUCUUUUUCAGGCCAUCUUGUCUUUGUCUUUGCCUCCACUCUUCUCUAUCUCAGGCCAUCUUUGUCUUUGCCUCCACUCUUCUAUCUCAGGCCAUCUUUGUCUUUGCCUCCACUCUUCUAUCUCUCUCUCUUUUUCUCAGGCCAUCUUUGUCUUUGCCUCCACUCUUCUAUCUCAGGGCCAUCUUUGUCUUUCCUCCACUUUCUCUCAGGCCAUCUUUGUCUUUGCCUCCACUCUUCUAUCUCACUCUCUCUUUCUCAGGCCAUCUUUGUCUUUGCCUCCACUCUUCUCUCUCUCUCUCUCUCUCUUUCUCAGGCCAUCUUUGUCUUUUGCCUCCACUCUUCUAUCUCUCUCUCUCUUUCUCAGGCCAUGUUUGUCUUUGCCUCCACUCUUCUAUCUCUCUCUUUCUCAGGCCAUCUUUGUCUUUGCCUCCACUCUUCUCUCUCUCUCUCUUCUCAGGCCAUCUUUGUCUUUGCCUCCACUCUUCUAUCUCACAGGCCAUCUUUGUCUUUGCCUCCACUCUUCUAUCUCAGGCCAUCUUUGUCUUUGCCUCCACUCUUCUAUCUCAGGCCAUCUUUGUCUUUGCCUCCACUCUUCUAUCUCAGGCCAUCUUUGUCUUUGCCUUUUCUAUCUCAGGCCAUCUUUGUCUUUGCCUCCACUCUUCUAUCUCUCUCUCUCUCUUUCUCAGGCCAUCUUUGUCUUUGCCUCCACUCUUCUUCUAUCUCUCUCUCUCUUUCUCAGGCCAUCUUUGUCUUUGCCUCCACUCUUCUAUCUCACUCUCUCUUUCUCAGGCCAUCUUUGUCUUUGCCUCCACUCUUCUAUCUCUCUCUCUCUUUCUCAGGCCAUCUUUGUCUUUGCCUCCACUCCACUCUUCUAUCUCUCAGGCCAUCUUUGUCUUUGCCUCCACUCUUCUAUCUCAGGCCAUCUUUGUCUUUGCCUCCACUCUUCUAUCUCAGGCCAUCUUUGUCUUUGCCUCCACUCUUCUAUCUCAGGCCAUCUUUGUCUUUGCCUCCACUCUUCUAUCUCAGGCCAUCUUUGUCUUUGCCUCCACUCUUCUAUCUCAGGCCAUCUUUUGUCUUUGCCUCCACUCUUCUAUCUCAGGCCAUCUUUGUCUUUGCCUCCACUCUUCUAUCUCAGGCCAUCUUUGUCUUUGCCUCCACUCUUUUAUCUCUUUCUCUUUCUCUCUUUGUCUUUGCCUCCAGUCUUCUAUUUCUCUCUCUCAGCCCACCUUUGUCUUUGCCACCAUCCCUAUCACCCUGAAUUUCUUUGCUCUCUCCUCAUUCUCUCACACCCCUACCUUUUCCCUUGCCCUUUAGUGAUUACACUACUUGCAUAUCUAUCUAUCUGUCUAUCUAUCUAUCUAUCUUGGUUUGAGUUCUAA